GGUUUCCUUACUUUAAUUUUAAUUGCUUAAGAUGCAGACAAUUAGCCAUAAAGUAAUUGUUUUAGGGAAUCAAGGUGUGGGAAAAACCAGUAUUAUUACUCGUUAUGUUCAAAAAUCUUACCUGCAUAACACAAAACCAACCGUGGGGGGUUCUUUAUUCGUUCACAGACUUGUCGUAGAUAACUUCCCCAUCAAAUUACAGAUAUGGGAUACUGCCGGUCAAGAACGCUAUAGAUCCGUGGUCUCCAUGUUUUACCGUGGAACAAACGCCGCCAUAAUCGUUUUUGACGUCACGUCACAGCAGACUUUUGAACGCGUACAAGAAUGGGUUGCUGAAUUAAAAACAAUUGUUGAAAGUCCGAUGGUUUUAUGUGUGGUAGGAAACAAAAUUGAUUUAAGAGAAAAUAGGCAAGUAACUAGAGAUGAAGCCUAUCAAUAUGCCAGAAGUAUAGGCGCUUCGUAUCAUGAAUGUUCAGCAAUGCAAGAUCAGGGAGUUGAGGUAAUUUUUGUUAGUCUAGCUCGUGCAUUGCAAAGACUGUUUGGGAACAACUGUACAAGAAACGAGGAAACUGUAAAUUUAAGUAUAAGGAGAACAGUACAUGGCAGUGCGGUUAGACCAAGGUGUUGUGGUGUCCCAAUUUAA